GUGAUCAACGCUUGUUUGUGCACGUUUUGAAAGCAGCCUUCUGUCAUGCAAUUAAUUACAAACUAAUGUUUCAAUUGUCAGUUGCGCUGACAAGUUUCCAUAAUAAUCUCAUGUGUAACAUGAAGAGGAACGACAUCGAUUUCCGGUUGGAUUUUCACAUGAUUCUCAUGUCAUUCAUCGAAAGUAGAAAUUGUAAAGAAAACGCAGGCUAAGAAUGAAUUCGUACUCCAAAGAACGGAAUGGCACUUCACGAUAAUUAUUCGUCGAAAAGUUGCUGAUUAAAUUAUGUGAAUCGCGUGAAUGAUGUAAAUACUGACGACUUUAACAUUCGCUUAUGAAGAAUUGGCGAAAAUUUUGGGUUCAAGUGGAAUCAAGAUUUAUAUCUGUUGUACAGUGUUGCAUAAAGAUUAAAUAUGUUUAAACGAGGAGAAAAUAACAGAGAAAAUGAGGACCACGUGCCUGCCAAGCGACCAAAGUAUGAUUCGAAGAUGGGCACUACAGUGUCUACUUCCACGAAUGCUAGAGAAUCGACGAAUAAAAAGUUGGGGAAAACCGAUGAUGUGUGGGGCGAUGAUUUUGCAGAGGAGGAUAUAGAAGAGAUGGAUUUUAUUGCUACUCAAGCAUGUUUACAAGAAGAUAUUACUUUGUCUCAACCACGUGUAGAGCAAAGGGCAUUGUCUAUGCAGAGAUCUUAUAGCGAACCAUCCACCAGUAAAGGUGUUUAUAAUAUAAAGAAUUCUAUUAACCAAAUACCGAGACCUGUAUAUAUGUCGCAGUACAAUAAUCAGAGAAAGGAAGCCGAUAACAUAGUUGACAUUAGUAAUAUAGUUUCUGCAGACUAUAAAGAUUUUGAACAUAAACUAAUCAAUAAACAAGUGUACAAUUCAACAUUUAAGUUGGAUGAAAAUUUUGUUGUUCCAGAGUCACAAUACAUGGUAGAAUUGAAGAAAUUGAAACAUGAGAAUGAAAAGCUGUUAAAUAAUUUUAUAACUAAAGAGGGAGAAGCUGUUUUCUUACGUAACCAAUUACAACAAACUCAGUUGCGCGCAGAGAACGAUCGAUUGGAAAAGACCCGUUUUAUCGAAGAGCAAGAAAAUCGGCAUAGAACAGAAAUGAAUACUAUUUGUAAAGCAAAGGAGCAUUUAAAAACUCAACUUGAAUUACAAACGUUCGAAGUUGGAAAUUUAUUGGAACGCUGCAAAUUGUUAGAGAGCGGAGGUAUUAAAUUGACAGAGCCGCAUACCAUAAAUUUAAUAAAUAACGUUUCUAUGAAUAAAAGUAGAUUCAAUUCGCCGAUGAAACGGUCGUCGAUUUCAAACGCAAAGCAAACAAAAGUAAAAGAAAUUUGUGUUCAAGCAAACAUACAUAACAGAGGUAGUUACUGUCUCAAAACUUGGAAUCCGUAUUAUCCUCUUGCAAGAAUUCCUAAGUUAAUAUACGAUACACCGCAACCAGAGAAAUCGGUAGUGGAUAUUCAAGUGAUAGAAAAAACUGGACGAAGAAAUUUACCGAUUUUGCAAGAAGAAGAUACGUUCAGAAUAUUCGAAAACCCGGAGUUGGUGAAACCUAUAACUACUAUGAUAAACGACAAAAGAUUAACAGUGGAAUUUAUUUUACCGGAAAUAGCCACCCUUCAGCAAAAGACAGACUCGGAACUCGAGUCAGAAAAUUCGAUAUCGAUAAUGAAUAAAUUAGUUUCCACCGCGAGGGAGUUGAUCCUGAACGUGAUCAUGCUUCUUCAGACGAUCUUUCAAGCUAUGAGAAACGACGAUAUCCGAGAUAUGAACGACAUUUACUUUUCUAACUUGUAUUCGAACCCUGAUAUUUACGGGAAGUCCGUGUGCGACGCGAACGCGUGGCACGAGUGCGAACGCGGUGUCGAGACCAGGCGAGUUUUUGGCGUGUUGUCCUACGUGAGUCUGGAAUCGACGUAUCUUAGCAAAUACAUUGCAGGGAAGACACGAUUACUCACCGAUAGGGACGAGUCUUACAAACAUUACUCGCGCCAGAUGGUUCGCUACGACACGUGGGCGGAAAAGAAUCAGGGAUUCGAGAUGCUCAAGAUGAUUUUGCAGUUCGUUGUUUUAGUUGGAUCCACGAGAAGAUCCUAUCAAUUCAGCGGUCUCAUGUGUGCAAUCAUGAUGAUUAUAUGCAAUGUACAUAAAAAGGUCGAAUAUUGUUCCCAGGGGAUGGAGUACGUUUAUCAAAUUUUCAAGGAAAUAGUGUUCUCCAGACCUCUGCCUUACGGCUACGCGAUACUAAGCAAUAUGAUGAUGAUCUUCACCAAAUCUGCCACGUAUCUGCGAAAACUUUGCGUUAAUUCGCAGUCGAUGGCAGUGAACAAUUGGAAAGGCUCUCUACAUUUCACCCCAGACGCCUGCCCGUUGCAAAUCUUCCUGGCGCAGGUGGAGAAUCAUCAGUUCGACAUAAUAGCCGCGACGGACAUCACAGACGCAUUGUUGCAGUUCAUACAGUAUAUAUUGCAAACGGACGUUAUCCCGCUAAGGUCCGAGACCUUGGAGUCUUGCAAUUGUUGCAUGAAAUUGCUGCGAUUCACGAUAAAAACGUUGUGCAAGUGCGCGGAAGCGAAUCUGAGCGCUAUCAAAGAUUUCAAGGUGGACCAUUUCCCUCUGGAGCAGAAGGACUUUUGUCACUUGAAGAGUAUUUGCUCCAAACACUCUGCAUCGCGCGUAACACCGAACAAGAAGUGCAUAAGAAACAUUUACCAGGAGCAAUUCUCAGAUCAGAACGCCUGGACGGCGGUGAAGAGGAGGCAGGUGAAGGUAUUGAGAGAAGGAAUAAAAUUCUUGUCCCAUAUGGCGAUCUGCGAUCCCGACUUCGUCAUCCGAUUGUCGGACAUCGAAGAUUCGUUUCACUUGUUCAUGAGGAACAUAAGUGUCUUCGAUGACAUUGUACUUCAUGAAAAUGAACAGGAAGCAAUGAACCGAAUAAAGCAAACGUUCAUCUUAGACAAAACGUAUCCUCAACGCGAUGUCGAGUCCUUCGAGAGGGCCAACACGAGGAAUUUGAAUAUGUUAUCGAAUUUCGAGAAGAGGACCAUCGAACCUGCGUCUGCGGGAUCCACGAAGAACGACAAUCAUAAUAAGUUCUUGGUCACGAUGAAAUCAUUGUACAGCAGCAGAAUGUAAACUUUUAAACGUUAAGAAAUUAUUCCGAAGUGAAAUAUACUCAAUAUAAUACGAACAAAAAAUUAUAGAUACAUUAUUGUAAUUAAAAUUAGUCUACCACGGAAGAGUAGAUGUAUCUGAAUUUUGAUGCCAUCAACAUUUGUACAUAUUACCACGCAACAUACUCGAAAAUCGUUACCAAAUAUAUCGUUUUAUAAUUCCAAUAAAUUAUCUUCUAAGGUUU